AAAACAGCGGCAGAUGACAGCAGCUUGUUGCGCUCACAGACGUUGCUAGUGUGGUAGUCACUGAGCUUGCUACUUUAGUGUGAUAGUCAGUAAGCUAGCUACUUCACAUCACAUCAAAACAGCUUUCUUAACUUGAGCUUCGACUGCUACCAUCGACUGAAAAUGUCGAAAAAACAGAUUUACUAUUCUGACAAGUACAACGACGAGGACUUCGAGUACAGGCAUGUGGUGCUUCCAAAGCAGCUGUCCAAACUGGUGCCCACCUCCCACCUGAUGACAGAAGACGAGUGGAGGGGACUCGGGGUGCAGCAGAGCCAGGGCUGGAUUCACUACAUGAUCCACAAACCAGAGCCACACAUACUGCUUUUCAGAAGACCCCUCCCAAAGGAAUAAAUGGGAACCAUCUGUACUAUUCCUGCUAUCAUCUUUGCUGAUUUGUAUUGUCUUUGAGUCCUACAUCUCUCUCUAUAUACAUCUCUACAUAUGUUCUAAUGUAAUGUGUAGAAAACCCUUAGUUGCAGCGUUUUUUUUCCUAUCCACCUCCCUCAAUUUUAAGAGGUAAUGGGAGGCAAACAGCUUGAUUCCACUGUGGAUGAUAUCAUUAUAAACAACAGGAAGGUAAUGUUUGCCUGUAAUUUAUACAUUUUAAUUCAUUUUUUAAAAGUCUUUUGAUGCCAUUUUGUUGUGAUUUAUUUGCUGAGUACAGGCAUAGUGUUUUAUUUCUCCCAAGCCCAUUUUUCACAAAACAGCCUUCUUUGUCUUUCCUGUCUUUUUAAACGUAUGUUUGUUUUGUACAUAAUAUUAUUUCUAGAUAUUAUAAAUGUUGACAGUAAGUCAUGGUUGAAUCAACACGUUCUUUGUUGCUGAAAGGAGAAAAUUAAAUGUUCUUAUUCACA